CACACACACACAGAGAGAGAGAUGGCAUCCCAUCCUUAUUCACCGUUGAGUUUGCAGCUUCCAGGGUACGCGCCUCAGAUUUUGACAGCGCGGCACAUUCUGGGACCAUUCUUCGUGGCCGUGGCGAUCAUCAUCGUGAUAUCUUGGCUACUUUCAGGUUGGCCGCAACCUAAAUUAUCCCUAGGCGAGCGAUUGGUGAUAUGCUGGUGGGCAACGACUGGCUCGAUCCACAUGGCAGUGGAGGGAGCGUUCGCCGCCUGGCCAUCUUUCUAUCAAAACACUUCACCCAAUAUAUUCAGCGAGUUAUGGAAAGAGUACUCAAAAGCAGACUCUCGGUACGCAGCACGUGACUCAUGUGUUGUGUCUAUUGAAAGUGUCACUGCAUUUGUGGAAGGUCCUCUGUGCUUCCUCAUUUUCUCAGCUACGGGCCAAACAGGCAUAACAACCGUCAACAAGUCUUCCUGGCCAUCGCGUGCUGGCGGAUAGAAAAUUCACAGCCUCCUGCUCAAGCUUCUUGAACAGAAUAACGUUUACCUUGACUAGAGGUUGGCCUUCGUCCUGCUAAACCUCCAAGAUUAUAGGACCUAAAACCUUUGAAAACUUGUACUUGAGGCAUCGUCAUGUUUCUGAAGCCGUUACCAUCUUGAAGUUUAAGGAUAGAAGCAUGCUCAUCUCCGGGCAUGCACUGAUAACUUCAGUUGUACUUCCAUCAGCAGUUGUUUCUGAGUGCCAAGGGCGAACUGCAGGACUUGAGUUGCUUAUUCAGCCUUAUUGACUAAUGAGAAUGUUAUUGAUACAAAUAGGCAAACCAAGAACUUUUACGACUGCCCGCCAUACUAUGAUUGUGGUUUGUCAUUUCCUAUUUAGUGUAGAAGGGCCCUCUGUCCUCUUUAGUCUAGAAUGGCGCAAGGUACUCUUGUUGAGACAACCUGUGAUUAUCGUAUUCCCUUUCUAUCAACAACUCAACUAACUUUUUGCUGAAGCUUUGAUGGUUUUGCUUGAUGCGGAUCAGAGUUUUCAGUGUUUUGUUGGCAAAAGUUUCGCAAUACUUCAAACAAUCUGGUUGUUGAGUGCAAGAACUGGUAUAUCUUCAACUCUUGCAACUGAUCGAGAGAGGAACACUCUUGUCCUACUUCAUUGGUACUUCAGAUCAUGUCAGAAGUUGGAAUUCUUGGACUGGAUGGGAAGGUGAUUGCCUUUCUCGUCCCAUGUCCAAGGAAGUUGGGAGGGGAACUGCUUGAAGGAAGCAGAGGAGAGAAAGGGUAAAACAAUGCAGCGUGGCCGUGAGAAGACAACACAACAACAGCAUGAUAAUGAUAUUUUGUGCCUGGGUUGGCCGAAGCAGUUUCGGACUGCAACAGGCAUUGGAGGAAGAAGAUCCAGAACGUGAAUUGCUUAAACCGCUACUACCUUUCACAGGCAACCUGGGAACAACAAGAUGUUGCGAUCCAUGAUUUUCAGGCGAACAGUGCUACCGGACCAAAAUGGCUGGCGGCACCGGCCAAGGGAUAAAAAAAAAAAAAAAAAAAGGGUCGCGCUGGCGCUUCGGCAAAGCUUGGCACAUACUUCUUUUCUACCUCGGCUAAAAGAGGCUCGGAGGUAGUGGUGGUUUAAAACAGUAUGGCGAUGAAUUAACUGACUGAAAACUGGGUGGGUGUCGAAAGAUCUGAGGAGGCUCAGUGGAAAAUCUUGGCUAACAGUCAGCGAGAGCACGUAUGUGCAUAGAAGCGCUGACUAGUGUUUCACCACACUCUUCAUGUUAUGAUGCCUGAACCUGAGACAAUGGCCCUGGUUGUUUCCAGGUGAUGCUCCCCACCACUGCAGUGGAACCGAAAGGCUUUUGUUAUGAUCUUGGACUAUUUCUCUGUGAUGGAAAGAGCAAGUUUGUGUCUCAAGAGUAGCAUCAAAUUGGAUUCACAGCAUGAAAUGGAGAGGGGAAAAGAGGAUAAACAGGGAGUGCUGAG